AAGAUAAACCCUUGAAAUCAAAUAGUGGGGAGAGAAACGAAAACCCCAGUUUGUUGGCAGAUAAGAGAAUGGCUUCUGGUAUUUGUAGAGCAGCAGCAGCAGCAGCUCCCUCACUGCUUGCCUCUUUCCGCUUGCCUUCAAAUUUCGUAUUUUCCUUUAGUAUCCCUUCAUCGUCUAAAACCCUUGCCUUUCCUCCUCUGCUUCUCAACACAACCAAAUCGAACCUCAUUUGCAGGGCCGAAAAGGAGUACAAAUUCCCAGACCCAAUUCCUGAAUUUGCUCAAUCCGAGACUGAAAAAUUUAAGUCCCAUUUACACAAGAAGUUGUCCAAGAAAGACAUGUUUGGAGAUUCCGUGGAUGAAGUUGUCGAAAUCUGUACUGAGAUAUUUGAUACUUUCUUGCACGCUGAGUAUGGCGGCCCAGGAACGCUCUUGGUGCUUCCGUUCAUUGACAUGGCGGAUACCAUCAACGAAAAAGGCUUGCCCGGAGGACCGCAGGCUGCCCGAGCAGCCAUUAAAUGGGCUCAAGCUCAUGUAGACAAAGACUGGAAAGAAUGGACUAGCAGUAGCACCUAGAAUUUAUCAACUCAUUGUGUAGAAUAGAAUAGUUAGCCAAAUAUGUUGAUGGAUUAUUCCAUAGUAUUCACCACCUUAUUCGCAAUUUCAUAAGUAAAGUUGGUCUUAUCUCUUCCAGCUUCUGUGAAUCCAACUAUUGUAUUUGGGAAAUGAAGUGCUUCAGCAUAUCUAGAAA